AUGGUGGGAAGCGCCGGUCUGGACACCGUCCGCGCCCGCUGCUGCCCGCUCGUGCCCUCCUCCGACCUCGCCGGCGACGACGCCAUGAUCCACCAGUCCGACAAGUCCCCGACCAUCACCCACCGAGGACUCGGGGUCAACCUGACCUCGUCCUACACGGAGGACCCCGCCGCCACGGACGUCAGCGCCAGCGUCAGGGACUCGCCCUCGAAGUCGAGCUGCACCAACAUCGAGCGGCCGUCGCCCAACUGCGCCAUCUACGACUUCAAGCACCAGGACACCGACACCGAGGAGGCCGCCGCAAACACCGCAACCAGCACUGACACUGCCGCCUGUCAGGCCAACCUCAACCUGGUGGAGUGCGACCCUGCCAGGAACCGCAUCUACCAGGUGCGCAGACGGGGCGUCAGGAGCGUCGUCAGGACCUCGGCGCGCACCCGGCUGGAGUUCAGCUGCGACGAGGAGGUGGACCACGAGGCGCUGCAGAAGAUCAUCGACUCCGCCAUCCUGGACCCGGACUGGCUCAACUCCAACAUGCCCAGCGACUCGGAGGCGAGCGCCACGGAGGACGAGGCGCCGCUGCAGGAGCACAUGGACACCGGGAGCGACGGCGGCACCCCAGGCCACCCCCACCCCCAGCAGGAGGACCAGGUCGCCGCCCAGAACCAGCCCCUCCACCAGGAGGCCCAGAGGACCAUCAGCAAAGAGUCGAUCACCCGCCUGGUGAGUGACGCCGAGCGGCUGGUUCGCGAACCGCCCGAGGGCGACCAGCCAGCCCCCCUGGUGUCUCCCCGGCCGCACCAGCUGCCGCUCAACAUGGGCCCCUGCAAGGGCGCGAUGGGCAGCAAGCAGGCCCGCGUGAGGCAGUGGCUGGCGUCGCAGCGCCGCGAGGCCCGCCUCUCCACCACCUGCGUCAUGGACUCCUGCGACGCCUCGGGCGAGCUGACCACGGGCGAGAGCGACAUCGAGUCGUGCACGUCCGAGGACAUGGACGCGUCCACCGCCACCCAGCACGCCGUCUCGACGCGGGGCUCCGUGCGGGGCUCGCAGAAGGGCUCCCUCAAGGGGUCCCGGGACCCGCUGCCGUCCACGGACAACACGCCCACCGCGGAGAAGGCCGCUGCCGUGCCGAGCCCGGCCGACGCUGCCCACCCCAAGGUGGUUCUUCGUUCUCGCAAGCGUCGUUCCGGCGAGCAGCGGCCGUGCAGCGUGAGCGAGCUGUACCAGCUGGCCACCCGCCUGGACCUGGCGCCGUUCUCCGUGUCCGAGACCGCCCUUCACAACCUGCUCACUGCCACGCCCGAAACGCCCACCAACGACAACCAGGCCUUUGGAGCAGAGACCCCAGACGCGGCUGGCAGUAACACAUCCCCUACAGAUGUUUCCACGCCAACCACCACCGGGCCUCCGGCUACCCCCGCAACCAACACCACAAAACAAACCAUCACAUCAACAACACACCCAAACAUUUCCGCGUCUGCCACCAUCACCACUUCCACAACAUCAACCACGGCAGACCGGCAGUCUCCUGCAACCAAUGCCACCGGAUCGCUGAGGAGGAGAAAGACCAGAGCUCGCAGGAAGUCAAACCUGUCCUUGGGGCGACGAACCGAUUCCGGAUCAGACGGCUUGGCUCUCAACCUGUCUGGAGGCUCUGACAACAACCAAGUGUCUCCUAACCGCCGCCUAUCCAAGUCACACUCCUCGGGUUCGGACACCGCCUCACACUGCAGGAGGCAUAUCGUCAAGAGUUCCUCCUUCUCCGGCGCGUGCCGUGGGGGCUCGGGCGGCAUGACGUCGUCCACCGAGAAGUGCGUCUCAGACUGCGGGGGCGUGUUGGGCGUGCCUCGCCUGCACACUCGCGCCCCUCGCCGUCGACGACUGCUGCUCCAGCGACGAGUCCCGCCCAUCCAGCCCGGCGCCGGCGUUGCUGGAAGCCAUCGUGCCAAGGAGCCCCGCCCACACCGCCGCAGCGCCACCCAGAGCGACCAGGACGCCCUCAACACCCACGAGGACAUGAGCUCCCUCUCGGAGCAGGCUUGGGAUCCUUACCAGCAGGAAUACAAGUACUUCAGUGAGCCUUACUCGGAGGACAUCGACCAGGAGGCUGCCAGGCGCUUGCUUGAGUUCGGAGACGACUACAGGAAGUACAUCGACUCCGACGGGGCAUCCUCCUUCUCGGGCAUCCCACACAGGGGUCGCCGCUCCCCCCACCACCGUCGGCUGAGAUCAUUGAUCCCGCAAGGUGCUCGUGACCUGGAUUCUGACUCCGACCUGGAUGACCUCCAUCAUGUCAUCGACGAGUCCAGAUCUCAGCUGACCGUCACAGAGAACGUCCUCAAGAAAUACUCCAACGAGGCUGCUCUGGGACUUGAUUACGUGGAUAUUUUUUUUUAUCUAGCUAUGCCAGACUUCAUUGCAGUAACUGUUGGAGGAUCUCCCAUCGCAAUUACUUUCACUAGCGAUAAUGCUAAUAUAGCUUAUCACCUGACCUUUUUGGCAGCGAUAUCCCGCUUAACGCAUUUAAAUCGCGAAACCCAAGCGAUGUGGCAACUGCGGCGGAGGCAGUGCCCAGCAGUCCAGCAUCAGCAGCGAGGCAGAUGUCUGGUCCAGCUGGAAACUGGGGCCUCUGCCAAGCGACGCCAGGCCGAACUCGUGGCCACAACGCAGACCAACAUCAAGUGCCUGGCCGAGAUCGUGCGACAUCUGCAGAUGGAGGGGACGCUGGAACCCGAGCUGCAGGAAGUGCAAAUGGUAUUCUCUGGUAUUGUCGAUGAUUCGUCCUUGAGGUUUGCUGGUGUAUCCUCUUAG